UGAACGCAGCAUCCCGCAUCCUGGGGGCGCUGACGUAGGAGUUCCCUGGCAGUCAGGGUGAACACAUUUCUUUUUGACGAAAGUGGAGCAGAAACUGCGAAAAAUACCGCAGACUAUUAUAGAGGAACCCAGCUGGGACCGAAACGUUGAUUGCAGGCAGUCCGGUGUCUGCUCCCGAUCUGAGCCGAAGAUGACCACGGAGAAGACUGAAUACACUCCGGUGCAGGGGGGACCCUCUCUCCCCGGGCAGCCAGCGUUUCCUGUCGCAUUUGACAUGAAUAUGCAAGGCCCAAACAUGUUCGGAGGCCCUGCUGCUGGUGGUCUUUCUGCACCUGGUGGUUUCCCUGCCUCUGAUGGUUUCAUGGCCCCUGGCGGUUUCCCUGCCUCUGAUGGUUUCAUGGCCCCUGGUGGUUUCCCUGCCUCUGAUGGUUUCAUGGCCCCUGGUGGUCUCCCUUUCCUCCAUCCCACUGCUUUUGGACCUGGUGUUCCCGGAGCUUUCGGAAUGGCCCCAAACCCUCAAGGUGGCUUAGGAUAUGGCGCCAACCCCUCUUCUUCACCAUAUUCUCCACCAGGCCAGGGCCUUAAUGGCAACUUCAGUGAUGAUGUUUACCAUCACGAGGAAGAGCCACCACCCUUUCACGAGAAUCAAGACUUUGAUUUUGGAUUAGAUAACAAGAGCAUAAGAAGAGCCUUCAUUCGAAAGGUGUUUUUGGUGUUGACUGCUCAGCUGAUGGUGACCUUCGCCUUUGUGGCUGUUUUCACCUUUGUGGAACAAGUCAAAGUAUUUGUCAUGGUGAACACCUGGACCUACUUGGUGUCCUACUUGGUAUACUUUGUGUCAGUCUGUGUGAUCAGCUGCUGUGGAAGCUUUCGCCGAAGACAUCCUUGGAACCUGGUUGCAUUAUCUGUCCUGACUCUCAGUAUGUCUUACAUGGUGGGAAUGAUUGCCAGCUUCCAUGACACUGACUCCGUGGUCAUGGCAGUGGGUAUCACAGCAAUUGCGUGCUUUACAGUGGUCAUCUUCUCUCUGCAGACCAAGUACGACUUCACUUCCUGUUACGGUGUGCUUUUCGUCUGUUGUAUUGUCCUGAUCGUCUUCGGCCUCCUCUGCAUCUUCAUCCGUGACAGGAUUCUGCACAUUGUGUAUGCUGGACUGGGAGCUUUGCUCUUCACCUGCUUCUUGGCGGUGGACACGCAGCUGCUGCUUGGAAACAAGGAACUCUCCCUGAGUCCAGAGGAAUAUAUCUUUGCUGCCCUUAACCUGUACACAGACAUCAUCAACAUCUUUCUGUAUAUUCUUGCUUUAUUUGGAAGAGCAAGAGGGGGCUGAGCAGGAAGAAUAAUGGAUAGAAAUUCUGCCAGAAAAGUGUUUUGAGUUUAUGUCUGGAAGUGAAUUCCCAUAAUCUUGAUUUUUGUCUUGUAGUGUGCACUGAUCACGUAGUUGAGUAAUUAUUUGCUUCACCCAGUGUAAAUGUUAUUUUUAAACAUAAUAUAAGUAGAUAGUCUGUGUUGUAGUUUGGGGAUUCAAUAAGGCUUUCUGAGGAAUAUGACCUGAUGUACAAAACUUUUUAGGAGAUUAUAUCUUAUGCCGUACAGAAUCAUUGCUGUAAAUAUUUGACAAAUUCUAACAGGGCUUUUAACUGUACCAGCAGAAGCAGUUUGAUCAGCUGUCAUGGAGAUGAAUGGUCUUGUAACCUCUGGAAAAAGCUUGUGGACCAUGAGCUGGGAUUGUUUUGUCAGACCUAUAAACCAGCAGGGAUGAGAAGGGAAACAAAUUUAUAGCAGCUGCUGAACUUGCACGUCAACAAAGCCAUCACCAUGACAACUGAGCAAACUACAUCAUCGUGAAGACUGAUAUGUAUGAAAGCCCUAGAAUAAGCUAGUAAGGGGGCCUUGAGUUGGGAUUUUUGUCAAACUGCUAUUUCCAAGGUAAAGAAUAACCUAAUAAAAAGGUUCUUUUCUAAAA